AAAAUUCCCGCUUUACAAAGCACAGACGGGGACGCUAACCUAAACCUUAGUAAGAGCACACUGGAGCGAAACAAUGCCAAAGGCGCCUGGGUGACCUUGAGCCAGAGUACCGUGGUGUUGGGCACAGAUGGCAACACUUCUGUUCUUCCUGGCAGAGUCGAAGGGGUAACCGCGCCUGAAGACGAUGUAGGGGAUGAAAAUAAAGCCCGAGGGAACUGGUCUAGCAAGCUGGAUUUCAUCCUGUCCAUGGUGGGUUAUGCAGUGGGGCUGGGCAAUGUCUGGAGGUUCCCGUACCUGGCCUUUAAGAAUGGGGGAGGUGCGUUUCUCAUCCCCUAUUUGAUGAUGUUGGCUCUAGCGGGGAUCCCCAUUUUCUUCCUGGAAGUCUCCCUGGGGCAGUUUGCUAGUCAGGGGCCCGUGUCUGUCUGGAAAGCCAUCCCCGCCUUGCAAGGCUGUGGCAUUGCAAUGCUGAUCAUCUCUGUUCUAAUAGCCAUAUAUUACAAUAUUAUUCUGUGCUACACACUUUUCUACCUUUUUGCAUCCUUUGUACCUGUGCUACCUUGGGCUUCCUGUAAUAAUCCCUGGAACACGCCUGACUGUAAAGAUAAAAACAAACUUUUGUUAGAUUCUUGCAUAGUUGGUGACCAUCCAAAAAUACAAAUCAAGAACUCUACCUUUUGUAUGAGUGCCUAUCCAAACUUGACUAUGGUUAACUUCACCAGUGAAGGAAACAAAACGUUUGUCAGUGGGAGUGAAGAAUACUUCAAGUACUUUGUAUUGAAGAUUUCAGCAGGGAUUGAAUAUCCUGGUGAGAUUAGAUGGCCCUUGGCACUGUCUCUUUUUCUAGCGUGGGUGAUUGUAUAUGCCUCCCUUGCUAAAGGAAUCAAGUCAUCAGGAAAAGUGGUGUACUUUACAGCUACAUUCCCCUACGUAGUUCUCGUCAUCCUUCUAAUAAGAGGAGUAACCCUGCCAGGAGCUGGAGCUGGAAUCUGGUACUUCAUCACACCGAAGUGGGAGAAGCUAAUUGAUGCAAUGGUUUGGAAAGACGCUGCCACACAGAUUUUCUUCUCCUUAUCUGCAGCGUGGGGAGGCUUAAUUACUCUCUCUUCUUACAACAAAUUCCAUAAUAAUUGCUACAGGGACACAUUGAUAGUCACAUGCACCAACAGUGCCACGAGCAUAUUUGCAGGCUUUGUCAUCUUCUCGGUUAUUGGCUUCAUGGCGAAUGAGCUCAAAGUAAACAUUGAAGCUGUGGCAGACCAAGGGCCUGGGAUUGCUUUUGUGGUCUACCCAGAAGCUUUAACUAGGCUUCCUCUCUCUCCAUUCUGGGCUAUAAUAUUCUUUUUGAUGCUUUUGACACUUGGAUUGGACACUAUGUUUGCCACUAUUGAGACUAUAGUGACCUCUGUUUCGGAUGAGUUUCCCAAAUACUUACGUACACACAAGGCACUGUUCACUCUUGGGUGCUGCAUUUCCUUUUUCGUCAUGGGAUUUCCUAUGAUCACUCAGGGUGGAAUGUACAUGUUACAGCUUGUGGACACUUAUGCAGCUUCUUAUUCUCUUGUCAUCAUUGCCAUCUUUGAGCUUGUUGGAGUUUCCUAUAUAUAUGGAUUGCAAAGAUUUUGUGAAGAUAUAGAGAUGAUGAUUGGAUUCCAGCCAAGCAAAUUCUGGAGAGUCUGUUGGGCAUUUGUGACCCCCACUAUUUUAACAUUUAUUCUCUGCUUCAGCUUUUACCAAUGGGAACCAAUGACUUAUGGAGCUUAUCACUAUCCAGGCUGGUCCAUGGUACUCGGAUGGCUGAUGCUGGCCUGCUCGGUUAUUUGGAUCCCAAUUAUGUUUGUGAUAAAAAUGCAUCUAGCACCCGGCAAAUUUAUUGAGCGACUCAAGCUGGUGUGCUCUCCACAGCCUGACUGGGGUCCGUUUUUGGCCAAGCACCGUGGUGAACGUUACAUGAACAUGGUUGAUCCACUGGGAACCUCCUCCCUGGGACUUAAGCUGCCAGUGAAGGAUAUAGAACUGGGGACCCAAUGCUGA